AUGAACACCUGGCUAUGGGAUUUACCCUUUGGGGACCCACAACCAUUUCAAUGGGUUUCAUACCUGUGUUUAUGAUGUACGCCGCGGGGUGGCGUCGUUCGAUAUUAAAGUUCAGCAGGUCAUCCAAGAUGGCGGCACUCCGGUCACGAAAAGUUGUGGAGCUGUUUUACGACGUGAUUUCCCCGUACUCCUGGGUCGCUUUUGAGGUGCUUUGCAGAUACCGGUCUAGAUGGAACAUAGACCUGCAGCUCCGACCCUUCUUUAUAGGGGGCGUCUUUAAGGAGACUGGUAACAAACCCCCGGGGCUGCUGGCGGCUAAGUACGACUAUGCUCAACACGAUCUCAGGAGACUGGCUGACUUUUACAAGAUCCCAGUAAAGAUGCCCCCCAUGGAGAGGCUGAUGAGGAGAGAGAACGUUAACUCCAACCGUCUCCUGACGGCCGUGAACUUGGACUGUCCGGAACACCUGGAGAACCUGUCCAGAGAACUCUGGAUGAGGGUGAUGUCACGUGACCAGGACAUUUCGGACCCGGCUAGCCUGGAAACCGCAGCCGCCGCUGCAGGCAUCCCCUCAGGCACGACCCCGCAGCUCCUCAGGAGAAUCCAUGAUGACGACGUGAAGGCUGCACUGAAGGAUACGACUAAUCAGGCGCUGGCGUAUGGGGCCUUUGGCGCCCCCACCAUAGUGGCACAUGUGGAGGGAACUCCCGUUAUGAUUUGGGGUUCGGAUAGGUUUCCGCUGUUGGCGCACAUGUUGGGGGAACGGUGGGAGGGACCGCUAAGGGAAAUGGCGAAAUAUUAACAAACAAACAAACCGACGCAGAUGAGAUCGAGCUCACGGCUUCUAGUUCCGGAGGCAGGGACACUGGACUACACGCUGCUAGCUCUUACUUGCAUAUAAAUAAAGAAUACAGAGGCAUACAGGAGGCAUAUACAUGCUGCAAUUGCUUUCCGAGGCUUUAUUUGAUGGAACUGAAGUUGUCGCCAUAGAUCGUAAACAAGAGUUCGACGACUCCAUGCCUGCGUCAAGCUUUAUUUUGAAAUUACUUAAACUGCAUAAUAUGUGACUAAUCUCCGCUAUUCCCCAAUGACGUCACUUCAAAGUUAGCUACCUCUACCCCCCACCCCCUCUCCCAAAUAAUGUGUAAAGAAAACGAAGAAACCAUGCAGAAAUUCUGCUGCAGAAAUCUAAAAAAAACAAUCAGGGUGUCCGAAAUGUAAUGAUUUCCCUGAUAGACCUAAUUAUAACGACAUACCAACUGUUCUAACAGUCCAUCCAUAGCGCCUUGAGCAAUUAUGCUGUUCUUCUAACACCUUCAAGGAAAAGGAAAUAGACGAACGAAAUUAAAAAUUGAAAAUAGUUGAACAGUCCUUUAUCUCUUUUUACAGAUUAUUAGGUAACUGCUUGAUAUGCGCUUAUCAAUACAAAUGUUUAAUGUUAAAUGUAUAACCUUAUAAAUCUUAGUUUUGA